AUGGGUGUGGGUAAGAGCUCGGCAAUCAAUGCCAUCCUCGGUCACUCGGAGCUAGAUACAACCGUCCAGACUAGGGCUAGAACGUCCGUGAUCACAGAGUUCAGAUACAACCAUGAUCCUACUUGCCCCUUCAAGGCAGAAAUCGAGGCAAAAUCCGCGGACGAGGUGAACGUGGUGUUGAAGACGUUGCUCGCGGACUUGCUCUAUUUCGAAAGCAUCCCUCUCCAUGAACGCUUGCUCGAGAGCGAGGCUAAAAAGCCGUCGCGGUCUGCGCAAUAA